AUGAAUAUCAAUUCUACUCCUAACUUCUUUAUUGAUCAACUCAUCACAGAACUGGGAAUUUCAAACCUGAAACCAUUGAUGUUAACUUUACACUGUCUAUUCCCAAAUGACUUCCUCCCUGCCCUUGAUAUCCUCGACCGCAAACUAACAGAGGAUAUUUUUAUCGUGAUAUCUGCAUCGGAACCUUCACUCCCAUCCCAAAAGGGCUAUGAGGUUCGGCUGCGUGCCUGGAAUUGCAGCUGUCCUACAUUUACCUUGUCUGCAUACCGAGAUCAACUCCCGGCGAAUCAUCCGGCAAACGAACAGAACCAGUUGCCCUACUCAUAUGGCGGAACUCUUGCUCGUGGUACGGCUCGGGUGUCACCUCCUACCUGCAAACAUAUCCUAGCCUGUAUUUUGCAUGCACGGUGUCCUGAGCUGUUCGGGGUUGACGGGGAUGGUAGAUUCGCCGUUUCCAUGGAGGAAUUGGCGGGCUGGUGUGCUGGCUGGGGUGGUUGA